AUGGAUAAUGUUAUAGAGAUUGAAGGAAUUGAAGAUAUAAAAGAAAUAACAUGUGAACCUUUGAAUGUCAACAAAAUUACUAAAGAAAUAAAAGAGAAAUAUGAUUAUGAAGUAAUAAGUAUUAGGAAUAGUGGAUAUAUUCCAAAGACAAAAGUUAGUGUUAAUGAAGAAUUGAUGGAAGUAAUUAAUAAAUUGGAGGAUGGACUGAAUGAAGUUGAAGAUGUAGUAAGAAUUUACAAUAAUUUUGAAUAA